AUGAUAGAAAUAAAUUUUAAUGAACAUAUUAUAGAAAAAGAUUUUAAAAUAGAUUUACACCAUUUAGAUUAUAAGAAAAAAAUUAAAGUAGAACAACUUAUAGAAGAUUAUAAAACAAUAUUUGCCAAAGAUAAAUAUGAUGUAGGAACUCUAAAAGACUAUGAAGCAAGAAUAGAUCUCUUAGUAGAUAAAUUUUGUAGUAAGAGACCUUAUAGAUGUACAAUCGAGGACAGAAAAGAAAUAGAACAGCAAGUGGCAAAACUAUUAAAGGAAAAUUUAAUUGAGGAGUCGUACAGUCCAUUUGCAGCACCAGUGACUCUAGCUUUAAAAAAAGGUGAAGGAAAGACUAGAUUAUGCAUUGAUUUUAGAGAUCUAAAUAAAAUUGUGACACCCCAAGCUCAACCUUUUCCGUUAAUUGAUGACCUAAUAAUUAAAGCUAGAAACUGUAAAUAUUUUACAUCACUGGACAUCAAUUCAGCAUUUUGGUCAAUACCAUUAAGGAUAGAAGAUAGAAAUAAAACAGGUUUUAUAACUCAAGAAGGACAUUAUCAAUGGACUUGCCUACCAUUCGGCCUAAAAACAGCACCAGCAAUUUUCCAAAGAAUUUUAUCUAGUAUACUAAGAAAAAAUAAUCUUAAGAACUUUACAGAAAAUUAUAUAGAUGACAUUUUAAUAUUUUCAGAAACUUUUGAAGAUCAUAUAAUUCAUAUAAAACAAGUUUUAGAGGCCAUAAUAAAAGAAGGUUUUAGAUUGAAAUUAAGAAAAUGCAUGUUCGCAUCCAAGUCAAUCAAAUAUCUUGGACAUAUAAUAGAAAAUAAUACAGUAAGACCAAUCAAGGACAACUUGGUAUCAAUAUAUAAUUUCCCUACACCAAAAACACAGAAGAAUAUCAGACAGUUUCUAGGUAAAAUAAACUUUUAUCACGAAUACAUUCCAAAAAUCUCAACAAUUCUAGAACCAUUACAUAGACUGUUGAGAAAAAAUAUAAAAUUUAAUUGGUCUGGGGAUUGUGAAAAAUCAUUUGCACAAAUAAAAAAAUUAUUAUGUUCUCAACCAGUGCUAGAAAUAUUUGAUAAAGAUUUACCAAUUAAAAUAUUUACAGAUGCUUCAAUAGAAGGUAUGGGUGCAAUACUAAAACAGACACAACAAAAUGGAGAGGAAAAACCAGUGGCCUAUUUUUCAAGAAAAUUAAAUGAGACACAAAAAAAAAAAAAAGCCAUUUACUUAGAAUGUUUAGCAAUAAAAGAAGCGGUAAAAUAUUGGGAAUACUGGUUAAUUGGAAGAAAAUUUGAAGUAUAUUCAGACCAUAAACCUCUAGAAAACCUUAACAUAAAAGCUAGAACAGACGAAGAGUUAGGAGCUCUAACAUAUUAUCUAUCCCAAUUUGAUUUCAAUAUUAAAUACAUACCAGGUAAACUCAAUACUGAAGCAGACUGUCUUAGUAGGAACCCAGUAUUGGAAUCAGUAGAUAAUACUGAAGAAACAUUACGGAUAGUAAAUACAAUAAAAAUUCAAGAAAUAAAAAAAGAUCAAGAUGAAAAUAUUGCAUUAAAAGAACUUCAGGAAAAAAUAAUAGACAAACAUGGUAUAAUUUAUAAACAAAGUAAGAAUAAAAAAAAGAUAGUAUUAUCAGAAAAGCUAAGUAUUGAAUUAAUAAGAAAUACACAUAUAAAUUGGUGUCAUAUUGGCACAAACCAACUGAAAAACAGAAUAUGCCCAUACUAUUAUUCAAAAAGAUUAAUAGAAAACAUACAAAAAAUAUGCAAAACAUGCGACAUUUGUAAGAGAAAUAAAUCUAGAGGUCAAGCAAAAUAUGGAAUGAUGUCACAAUUAGGACCAGCAACACAACCAUUUGAGAUAGUAUCGAUUGAUACAAUCGGUGGGUUUGGUGGUCAAAGAUCAACGAAAAGAUACCUCCAUCUUCUAGUGGAUCACUAUACAAGAUACGCAUUCAUACGUACUUCAAAAACCCAAGCUGCAAACGACUUUAUAAGAAUAGUUCAAGACACACUAGAAAUAAACAAGAUAGGUACAAUAUUAACAGACCAAUAUCCAGGACUGAACUCUAAGGAAUUCAAGGAAUUUUUGAAAGGACAAAAUAUCAGACUUAUUUAUACAGCCUUAAAUGCACCCUUUUCUAAUGGCCUAAAUGAAAGAUUGAAUCAAACAAUAAUAAAUAAAAUAAGAUGCAGAAUCAAUGAAUCCACAGAAAAAAAAGCAUGGACAACAACGGCAAGAGAAUGUAUUGACAAAUAUAACUUAACAGAACACUCAGUAACAGGUUUUACACCAAAAUAUCUAUUAGAUGGGACCAACACAAACUUGUUACCUGAAGAACUAAAAGAACAUAAAAAUGCAGAAGAUUGGAAGAAUGAUAGGAAAAAAGCUCUAGAUAACACUAUUAAAUCUCAUGAAUACAAUAAAAAACUCUUUGACAAAAACAGAAAAGAAAAAGAAUUCAUAACAGGUGAUUUUGUAUAUAUUGAAAACGGAAAUAAAAUAAAUAGAAAAAAAUUAGAUGAACUCAGGAUUGGACCUUUCAAAAUAACAGAGAAAAUAUCAAAUACCAUAUUUAAAAUUGAAACAGGAAAAAGAAAUGAAGAAACAGGACUAUUCCACAUAACAAAAUUAAUACCAGAAUGA